UUAUGGCCCUAGUACCUGCCAACUCAAACCUCAGCGAAUGGGAUUAUUGGGAUCAGCGUCGCCGCUUGUGGCGUGAUUGGGAUCUUGUGGACUGGGAUGUGCCCUAUUACAAGAGAUUGCAGCGUGUCGGUUCAGCACCCGAUCUUAGCCGUGUGGUGGUGGGCAAGGAUGGCUUUGAGGCCAACAUCGAUGUGGGUCCCUUCAAGCCCUACGAGAUCACAGUGAAGACUUCAGCUGACACUGUCAUUGUGGAGGCCAAGCAUGAGAAGCGACGUGAUGGCGAUAGUUUUGUGGGACGCCACAUAGUCAAGCGUUUCAUUUUGCCCCGUGGCUACUAUCCCAACGAUGUGCGUGCGGAACUAAGCUCCGAUGGCAUUCUCAUAGUCAGAUGUCCCCCCUGCUCGACAACAGAGCGUAGUGUUUAUGUGCGACAAAUGGGUCUGCCCUAUCUGAGUCUAAAGCAUUAAGUUCAAAUUUAUUAUUUAAAAAUAUAAGAAAAAAAUCAUAAAAAAACAACCACCACUACCAAAAACAAAAAAAAAAAAAUUAUAUCUUAUUCAAGGUUACUGCGAACGAACGAACGUGUGGAAAAUUGCCGUAGAAACAAACAUAGCAUCAAGUAGUGUUGUUCAGUUUUAUUGUUAAUCUUGUUAAUUGUGCAAUCUUGAAUUAACCUCCUAAGAAUCGUUUAGCCCUUAAGUGUUUUCUCUUUUAGUUAGCCCUUAAUGAUUUUUUUUUUUUUGCCAAAAUCAUGAAAACAAUUUUAUUUUUUUUUUUUUUUGUAAUAACUUUUAGCACACAUUUCCUCUAUAAUUACCAAAAAAUAAUAUCGUUGAUAUAAGAAAACUGAUUGUAUUUGUUUGUAUUUCCAUAAUAAUAACCAUUACAUUUUUAGUUUUUGAAUAAAAAUAAUGAAAAAAUGUCAAAUCAAAAUGAAUGAAUGAAAUCGGCACCAGAAUGUCACAUAUGGGGGAAAAUACCAAAGCGUGCUUUAUACCCACCACCGCAAGAUGCGGAUAUAUUCAUUUUGUAAUUCCGUUUGCAACACAUCGAAAUAUCCAUUUCCGACCGUAAAAAUCUAAGACGAUCUAGCCAUGUCUGUCCGUCUGUCUGUUGAAAUCACGCUACAGUCUUAAAAAUUGAGAUAUUGAGCUGAUAUUUUGCACAGAUUCUUUUUUGCCAUUAGCAGUUUAAGUUCGAAGAUGACCUAUAUCUUGAUAUAGCCCCCAUAUAGCCCGAUCCGCCGAUUUAAGGUCUUAGUACCUUGAAAGCCACAUUUAUUAUCCGAUUUUGUUGAAAUUUGGGACUUUGAGUUGUAUUAAGCCCUUCGACAUCCUUCUUCCAUUUGGCCCAGAUCACUCCAGAUUUGGAUAUAGCUGCCAUAUAGACCGAUCAUCCGAUUUAGGGUCUUAGGCCCAUAAAAGCCACAUUUAUUAUCCGAUUUUGCUGAAAUUUGAGACAGUGAGGUGUGUUAGGCCCUUCGACAUCCUUCUUUAAUUUGGCCCAGAUCGGUCCAGAUUUGGAUAUAGCUGCCAUAUAGACCGAUCUCACGAUUUAAGGGUUUGGGCCCAUAAAAGGCGCAUUUAUUGUCCGAUGUCGCCGAAAUGUGGGGCAGUGAAUUAAGUUAAGCCCUUCGACAACCUUGCAAUUGUCAUCAUCAUCCUAUAUGGUGCUGAGGUCAUGUGGACGGAAUUUUAAUAAGUUUCUUUUGGUCAUUUUAUUUUACACUUGUGAUUUUCCACCAUGAACUGUUCAUUUAUAUGAGUAACAUAUGAGUGAGACAUUUAUGAUAUGUUUCCAAGCCAUUCAAAAGUUAAUCCAUUACCCUAAAUUUCGCCAUUUCAUCAAUAGUUGGCAAUGUUAGUAUAGAAUUUUAUUUCUUUUCUUUCCGCCUGGGUCAUUGUCAACUGCUCCAUGGCUACCAAAAGCAAGCAUUGGAUGCCUUUGAUGCUAGCACAUGUAUCAUUAUCAGUGUCUUGGCUUAUGUCAGACAUCAUGGCAGCCACAUGGACAUUUUUCCUUAACCUACAUUUUUUUACAAAAUAACAAAAACAAUUUAUUUAGGUAAACUAUGAACUUUUACCAAAAAACAUACCACAUUUGUUGUGCUCGUGUGUGUCUAAACUUAUGUUUCGAAGGGAUGACUCAUUUCAGCAUUUGAAUAUAUCCGAUAUUGAAUGGAAAGGAAAGUAAAAACAAUCAUAAACGUCAGUGAAGAACAUGUUUUGUCAACUAAAUAAAUGAGGAUGCCACUUAAUCUCUUUUUAUUGGAUUAAGUAGUUCCCCGAGUUAAACGAUUUAUAUGUCACUAUUCUUAAAAGAUAUACAAAAUAAAUUUGCUUUAAUUUGU